CUCUCUCCCCCCUUAGCUGAAGCUUGAAGAUCGUUCUGUGGUCCCUCGAGAUGUGGUCAGACAUAUGAGCUCCAGUGACAGCCAGUGUGGAACUGUAAUUGAUGUCAACAUAGAGUGUGCUGUGAAGCUGGUAGGAACCAACUGCAUCCUCUACCCUGUCAACAGCAAAGACCUGCAACAUAUCUGGCCUUUCAUGUAUGGUGACUACAUAGCCUAUGACUGCUGGCUGGGCAAGGUCUAUGAUUUGAAGAACCAGGUCAUCCUCAAGCUUUCCAAUGGAGCCAGGUGUUCUAUGAGCACAGAAGAUGGAGCCAAGCUGUAUGACGUUUGUCCUCACGUCAGUGACUCGGGUCUCUUCUUUGAUGAUUCAUAUGGCUUUUAUCCUGGGCAAGUCCUCAUUGGGCCUUCUAAAGUCUUCUCCAGUGUGCAGUGGCUCUCGGGUGUGAAGCCUGUUCUGAGUACAAAGAGCAAGUUCAGAGUGGUGGUGGAAGAGGUACAGGUGGUAGAACUAAAGGUUACUUGGAUCACUAAAAGCUUCUGUCCUGGAGGUACUGACAGUGUGAGCCCUCCUCCAUCAAUAAUCAGCCAGGAGAACCUGUCCAGGGUAAAGCGUCUGGGGUGCUUCGACCAUGCCCAAAGGCAGCUUGGGGAAAGGUGCCUCUAUGUGUUCCCAGACAAAGUGGAACCUGCAAAAAUCACCUGUGAAUGCCCUGAGAGGAACUGUGUCCUGGGUGAAGGAUCAGUUGCCAAAAAGGUGAGACGGCUACUGAAGAAGCAGAUAGUGAAGAUCAUGUCAUGCUCCCCGGAGUCUCAGGGCACUAGUGAAGCCCCUGACAAAGAGUCUGCUGCAGCUGCUGACCAAAAAUCAGAAGAUCUUAAGCCUGGAUCAAAGUGUGAGCUGGAUGACACUUCCAACAGUGCACAAAGUCCUGGGGAGAGAAAGGAGGAGCAGCCUGAAGAAACAGGGAAGGAGAAAGGGGGAGCAGCAGCACGACAGCAGCAACCUCCCUUUCUGCUCAAGGAUGAAGGCUCAUCUGACUACCGGCUUCAGUCCAUGGAGCAAGAUGCUGAUGAUGAGGCAGCUGAUGACACUGAUGACACUAGUUCUGUCACCUCUUCUGCUAGCUCCACUGCCUCGUCCCAGAGUGGCAGCGGCACUGGCCGCAAGAAGAGCAUCCCUCUUUCCAUCAAAAACUUGAAGCGGAAGCACAAGAAGAAGAAGACCAAGAUUUCACGAGAGUUUAAGCCAGGAGACAGAGUUGCUGUAGAAGUGGUGACCACGAUGACUUCAGCUGAUGUUAUGUGGCAGGAUGGCACCGUGGAGACAAACAUUCGCUCCAACGAGCUGAUUCCAGUCCAUCAUCUGGACAACAACGAGUUCUGCCCUGGGGAUUUUGUGGUGGACAAAAGAGCUCAGAGCUCCCAGGACCCCGGGUUAUACGGAGUCGUGCAGUCUGGUGACCAUAUAGGCCGUACCUGUGUGGUGAAGUGGUUCAAGUUGAAAUCCAGCGGAGAUGACGUGGAGCUGAUUGGGGAGGAGGAGGAUGUGAGCGUGUAUGACAUUGCUGAUCAUCCAGACUUUCGCUUCCGCACUACUGACAUUGUGAUUCGCAUUGGCAACUCGGAUGGAGCCACAGCUAAGGAGGAUGAGCCUUCGGUCGGACAAGUGGCUCGUGUGGAUGUCAGCAGUAAAGUGGAAGUGGUGUGGGCUGAUAACUCCAAGACUAUCAUUCUGCCUCAGCACUUAUACAAUAUUGAAUCAGAAAUUGAGGAGUCGGACUAUGAUUCUGUUGACGGCAGCACCAGCGGGGCAUCCUCUGAGUGGGAGGAUGAAAGCGACAGCUGGGAGACAGACAAUGGCCUCAUGGAAGACGACCACCCAAAAAUUGAGGAGUUAGAGCCUGAGGAGCCGGCAGCAGAGGAAGUGAAAAAAGUAGAGGAACAAGUCCAGGGAGCUGUGGCUAUGGCAGUUGCAGAUCUUGCUGCAGAGAAAGCUGGCAAGGACGGAGCCCCCAAGAGCUUCCGGGAACUAAAGGAGGCCAUCAAGAUCUUGGAAAGCUUGAAAAAUAUGACUGUGGAGCAGCUGCUGACUGGCUCUCCUACCUCCCCAACUGUGGAGCUGGAAAAACCCACUAGGGAGAAGAAGUUCUUGGAUGAUAUUAAAAAGCUGCAGGAAAAUCUAAAAAAGACCCUGGAUAAUGUGGCUAUUGCAGAGGAAGAAAAGAUGGAAGCCAUGGUGGAGACAGAGAAGAAAGAAGAAAAAGCAGAGGCACAGACACCAGUGAGGUCAGAGUGGCCCAGUGAGACACCAGUGCUCUGCCAGCAGAGUGGAGGCAAGCCUGGAGUCACCUUCACCAGUGCCAAGGGAGAAGUCUUCUCUGUGUUGGAGUAUGCUCCAGAUACCCAUGUCUUCAAGAAAAUGGAGUUCCAGCCCCCAGAAGCAAAGAAGUUCUUUAGCACUGUGCGGAAAGAGAUGGCUCUCCUGGCCACCUCCCUGCCUGAUGGCAUCAUGGUUAAAACCUUUGAGGAUCGAAUGGAUCUCUUCUCAGCACUUAUAAAAGGCCCCACGCGCACACCCUAUGAAGAUGGCCUCUUUCUCUUCGAUAUCCAGCUCCCCAACAUCUACCCUGCUGUCCCGCCUCUCUUCCGCUACCUCUCCCAGUGCAGUGGGAGACUGAAUCCCAACCUGUAUGACAAUGGCAAAGUGUGUGUCAGCCUCCUGGGGACGUGGAUAGGCAAGGGGACAGAAAGAUGGACCAGUAAAUCAAGCCUGCUUCAAGUACUCAUCUCUAUCCAAGGUCUUAUACUAGUGAAUGAGCCCUACUACAACGAGGCAGGCUUUGACAGCGACCGGGGUCUCCAGGAGGGCUACGAGAACAGCCGCUGCUACAACGAGAUGACCCUGAUCCGGGUGGUGCAGUCCAUGAUGCAGCUGCUGCGCAGGCCAGUGGAGGUCUUUGAGCACGAAAUCCGUGAGCAUUUUCGCUGCAACGGCUGGCGCCUGGUGUCCCGCAUCGAGUCCUGGCUGGAGACGAACGAGCUGGUGGAGCGGAGCCACGAACAGGCCAAUGGGGCGGAUUCUGCCUCCCUUCUCUCUGCCUGUGGCAUGCUGGCAGAGAGCCCUGGAGACAAUGUGGGAUCGCUAGGGGAGUAUGGCAGCAGCUCGGAGCAGGGGGCGGCCGCUGAGCUUUCCGACUCAGCACUUGACGGGAAGGAGGAGCUGGACGAGUUGGAGUUCACAACCUCGACACCCAACGCUGGUGAUCUCCAACAGUACUCAGACUCGGAGAGCACAGGCCAAGCCAGGGGGGUAGACCUGGCCAGAGACCGAACGGACGAGGGGAAGGCUGCCCAGGACUCUGCCUUGCAGCCUAGUGUGAAACCAAAGAAAAGGAGAAAGAGCUACAGGAGUUUCCUUCCGGAGAAGAGCGGUUACCCCGAUAUUGGGUUCCCCCUCUUCCCUUUGUCCAAGGGGUUCAUUAAAAGCAUCCGCGGUGUCUUGCAGCAGUACCGGGCUGCCUUAGCAGGGGCCAACAUCCCAGAGUGGACAGAGGACAAAUAAACUGUCAGGUUAGGGACAGGCAGGUGCAGGGGAGAAGGAAAAGCAGCAGAAAGGAAUUUGGCAAACGCUGUUACCAGUAAACUGGCUUCUCCUUCCAGCUUUUCUUCCUCAGCUUGAUUUGUUCCAAAGAAGGUGGUAGGCCUGAUUGCUCCUCCAAGGAAAGGUUGUCUAAGCAUGAAUAACUCUUUGCCCCCAGCCCUUCUUCCUUCCCCCUGUCCCGUGUACGUGCUCCUCUUGCGAGUUUGACCCUGCCAUGGUAAGAUUUGAGACCUGCACAGAAGCAGUCUUGCAGCCACGUUCCCUCUGCACUUUCAUCUUGGGGCACCUUUCCACACAAGGACUCUUCCCACCCAGCGCUACACCCAGCCGUUUGUUCUGGUGGGGUUCAAGCCAGGAGAAGUGAUUGCUGUAGAAUCUGGAAGUGAAGGGCAAUGCCCUCCCAGUCUUUCAUUUUUCUCGGUGUUACCAUGGGUUUUAUGAAGUCUUAUAUGUACUUAGACAUUGGAUUGUGUUUGCAUUGAGGUUGUCUACACCAUACGGAGUUGCGCUAGUCUUAGUUGUUCACCCAUAGCUACGAGGUUCUUCCGAUCAGGACUUGGUAGGCAGAGCCAGAGUGCUCAGAGUCAGAGUAGCACCUGUGCUGCCCUGGCAGCGCUGUGGGGUUUCUGUCCACUUCUGCAACUUCUGGUCAGUCUUUUGGAAGCAAUUCUAGCCAUCCCCACUUCUUUUUCUCCAGAGUAAGGCAAACUUCCCUUUCUCCACCAUGCAUGCCUGUCUUCUAGAAAUACAUGGGAUUUAGGGUUCUGCCCUGAUUACUUCGAUAUCCGCGUCUUUCGUUCCAGCCAUCCUGGCUGUCACACAGCACUACUCCUAACCCUGGAUCUCGUCCUCGCCUGGGCAGGCAGCAGCGAGUGAUUUUUGGGGUGUACUGUAGAUCUAGCAGCUAGUCUGGAUGGUGAACCUGGCAUGGCUGCUGCUUCUCUGUCAUUUGGCUGUAGAUGGGUAUUUUGGAGCUGCUUGAGCCAGGCUCACCCAAGGGAAAGGAGCUGUCUUGUCCUGACGAGCUCCUGCUGUAGCAGCAGCAGUUAGUGACCCUUCCUGUGCUGUUACUCAGCCAGCGACUGGAGCAUGUCAGACACUGGUGUGGACUGUUACCAAUUCCCUCCCUUGCCAGCUGUUUCCCGCGGUGGCCAGGGCCCGCUGUGGCCGGCAGUGUUGUGGGCACAGCACCUGCUACUCCUGAUCUCAAGUGCAGCACUGCCUGGCCACCCCGGGCAGUGCCUGGUGAGAUCAGCCCAUGUUUCAGCAGUGAGAGAACUGUCUGAGCUGGUGACCGUGAGCACUUUGAAGCAGUGACUUGCCAGAGUCUGCUGGUCAAGACACCUUCCCGAAGCCUCUUUUUCUGUGAGCAUGCACUUACUGUCACUUCUGGAGCUGGGAGGUCACACUCCAGCACUACUGCAUUUGCCCAGUGUUUCAGCAUUGGAGAAGCACCCACUUAGCAUCCAUGUGGAGCACAGUCUGUCAGGGAGAGUCCCCUGGUCCUUCCAGCCAGCACGGGGAGCCGGUGUUGCCAGGCUUCCCAGGAAGGAGUCUCUGAGCAGAUGACUCUGCCAGAAGUAAGGACAGAACCAAACCUUUGUUCUUGCUCGGUAUGGCUGUGUCCCUUCCCCUGACCCGGGCCAGGGUCUGGCCUUCUCAUUUUGAAACAGAGAACAGCAGGCGAAUCUCAGCACGUUUGCACAGUGCUUUCUGCUCCUCCAAGCACCAGGGUCUGCACCUACUGACCCAAACCCCCCCACCCAGCUCCCUGUGCCUGUUAUUUCCUGCUGCCCCCCACCCCCAGGUGCUCCAGAGCCCUUCCAUCACCAUCCCCUGCUGGGAUUUUAGCAGGCACAUCCUGCUCCCAGUGCUCCCGAGGAAGCAGGGCUUGACUGUGAGCACAGACGUGGGCCUGCAGAGCUCUCGUAGUGCUGGUCUGCAGGUGGAUCAGCUGCGUGGCUGCUCUGGCACCCAGAGCCCUCCCUGCCUGACAGGCGGGAGGUCUGGCAGCGUGGCAGAGCCCCGUCGGAGUGCAGAGGUGUUUGGGGCCGCAGUGCAGGCUGCGUAUGUAACCGGCAGCCCUGGCUGUGGCUGGUGGUAAAUGAAUGAAUCCCUUUGAGCCAGGAGCGAGUGUGUCUCUCAAGUAUAAAGGGCUGAUUGGGACCGAGGGGUGAGGCUGUUGUUUCAGGGCAGGGGAAGGGCAGGCAGAGAGGCUUGUUCCGCAAAUGACUAAACCUCUUACCAGACAAAAUUGUGGUUGGUGAUCUACAGAUGCUGACUUCCUCUGUCUCCUGUGCCAGGCUGUGGCUGUCCUUAGCCCCACUGGCCAGGGAGGAAGGGAGAAAACCCCUCAGGGCUGAGCUGUGGCUGGGGAUGGAGGGAUAGAGGAGCUCUGGGUUUCCCUGCUUUGCCCACCUUGUCUUCUCUGCAGCUCUUCUCUCACAGGGUGGGCAGGCAGCAGGGGCUGGUCACGCUGCCCACCCACGGGGGGAGGAGGGCAGGCAGCCGCCGCUGCUGCUGGGAUGAGCUGCGUGUCCUCCCUUUCGCCCAAGAAGUCUUUGUUUCCUCUGAUCGUAAUCAAGAGCUUUUGCACAGUUCCUGGGGCUUCCUUGGCCUUCUGGAAGGGGACACAACUCCCUGGCUGCCGCUACCCCUGGCAUCGCUCACUCUCUGUAGCUGGCUGUCCCAAACUGAGGCGUGCACAGAGGUUUACAAAUUUUCUAAAGCUUUUGAUAAUGUGAAGCUCCUGGGUGAUGAGGUUGGUGGUGAGCACACUGCAGCUAUGUAAUUUUUUGUGUAUGUAUGUAAUAUUUAAGGGUAACAAAAUUUAAAAGGCUAAAACCUUAAAAAAAUUUAAAACACACAAAAAAAGCCAAAGCAUGAUGCAUAUUGUUAGCCUUAAAACUGGCUACACGACUGUGUGAUGUACAAAUGAGAGCAGCCUGUAACUGUUUUAAGUGCUGGGGUUAGGGAAGAAGCAUUACAAAAUCAGUUUGUAGCCUUGAUUCUGUACAGUAUUUAAUGAAGAAAAAAAAAAAAAAGACCUGACUAUUGAGGCCAUGCUUAGAGGUGUGUCGUUCACGUGCAGAUGUGGAUGCUUGGUUGCUUAUGAUAUAUGUAUAAAGUGCUGUGUGACCAUUAAAACUUUUUUUACCUGCAGAAUUUUUUUUUUUGUUUGGCUAACCAAGGUGUAAUAAAGGAGGGAAGAUGACUUGCCAUUAAAUUUUGCCUCUGUGAGUA